AUGACUCAAGAAAAACAACAAGUUCCAGACAAGUUCCAAGGUUUUGGUGUCGACAAAAAAGAAAACUGGAACAGACCAAAGCUCGUCACUUAUGACAGAAAACCAAUUAACGCACACGAUGUUGUGUUGAAGAAUGAAGUUUGUGGUUUGUGUUACUCAGAUAUCCACACUGUCAAAGGUGCUUGGGCCCCAUUGCAAAGAGAUGACUUGGUUGUUGGUCACGAAAUCAUUGGUGAAGUCAUUGCCGUUGGUGAUGAAGUUAAAGAAUACAAAGUUGGUGACAGAGUCGGUAUCGGUGCAUGCUCAUCAUCUUGUCGUUCAUGUAACAGAUGUCAAACUGAUAACGAGCAAUACUGUAAGCAAGCAUCUGCUACUUACAACUCAAAGGACGUAAGAUCCGAAAACUACAUCACCCAAGGUGGUUACUCAUCACACUCCAUUGCUGAUGAACAAUUUGUUUUCCCAAUUCCAAAGGACUUGCCAUCAGUUUACGCUGCACCAUUGAUGUGUGCCGGUAUCACCGUCUUUUCACCAUUGGUUAGAAACUUGGGUGUCAAUGCCAAGGGUAAGAAUGUUGGUAUCAUUGGUAUUGGUGGUUUGGGUCACUUGGCCUUGCAAUUUGCCAAUGCUAUGGGUGCAAAUGUUGUUGCAUUCUCAAGAUCCUCAUCUAAAAAGGACCAAGCUUUGGAACUCGGUGCCCACGAAUUCAUUGCCACUAAUGAAGACAAGGACUGGACAACCAAGUACGACGACUACUUUGACUUGAUCUUGAACUGCGCUAGUGGUGUCGAUGGUUUGAACUUGGAAGAGUACUUGUCAGUUUUGAAAGUCGACAAGAAAUUCGUUUCUGUUGGUUUACCACCAGUCACUGAAAAAUUCGAAGUGAGUCCAUUCACUUUCUUGAAACAAGGUGCUAGUUUCGGUUCAUCCUUGUUGGGAUCCAAGGCAGAGGUCAAUGAGAUGUUGAACAUCGCUGCCAAGCACAACGUUAAGCCAAUGAUUGAGGAGAUCCCAAUCAGUGAAGAAAACUGUGCCAAGGCAUUGGACAGAUGUGAAGCUGGUGAUGUUAGAUACAGAUUUGUGUUUACUGAUUUCGACAAGGCCUUUAAAUAA